ACAUGUAGUCGUCUGUGGCACUAAUUCCUAUUCAUUAGGCCUCAAAGAAAAUGCAAAUUCCUCGAACGGUCCACCAGCGCGACUUUUCAGGGGCUAGUGAGAAGCUUGAACGCGUGACAGAGAAGUAAGAAGUUUGGGGGCCAAUCUGUGGCGCGGAUGCAGGACCCGUGCGCAUGCCCGGCGGUCGUCGGCGCCAGCCCAGCGCGCGCGGGAGACUCCGAGCGGCAGGCCCCGCCCCCGCGCCCCGCCCCGCGCCUCGCCCCGCCCCCUGCUCCCCCUCCCGGUGAGCCUGCGCAGAUGGUGCAGGGCGGAGGGCCGCGGGGAGGGAUUCGCGGCGCCUGCGCAGAGCGGCGGCUUCUCUCGCGAGGACGGACGCCAUUAUCGCAUCUCCCCGACAAACACCACGAGAAUUCCGCAGCCCACACGGUGGCAGGAACACCGUCCUACGUGAGUCUGAUUCCCUCUCAUCCACCGGCCACUCUGCUCGCGUCCUGGAUGAUGUCAGAACAGGACCUGGCUGACGUGGUGCAGAUCGCCGUUGAGGAGCUGAGUCCUGGACACCCAGUUGUAUUGGAGAAUCAUGUAGUGACAGAUGAAGAUGAACCAGCUUUGAAACGCCAGCGACUAGAGAUCAAUUGCCAGGACCCUUCUAUAAAGUCAUUCCUGUAUUCCAUUAACCAGACAAUCUGCUUGCGAUUGGAUAGCAUUGAAGCCAAGCUGCAGGCUCUGGAGGCCACGUGUAAAUCCCUGGAAGAGAAGCUGGACCUGGUCACCAACAAGCAGCACAGCCCCAUCCAGGUGCCCAUGGUGGCCGGCUCGCCCCUCGGCGCCACCCAGACCUGCAACAAAGUGCGAUGCGUCGUCCCCCAGACUACAGUAAUUCUCAACAGUGAUCGGCAGAACGCCGUUGUAGCCAAGAUGGAAGACCCCCUGAGCGGCAGGGCACCGGAGCCCCUGGAAAAUGUCAUUAGCAACGCGGUGCCCGGGCGUCGGCAGAACACCAUCGUGGUGAAGGUGCCAGGCCAGGAGGACAGCCACAACGAGGACGGGGAGAGCGGGUCCGAGGCCAGCGACUCCGUCUCUAACUGCGGGCAGUCGGGAAGCCAGAACAUCGGCAACAACGUCACCCUCAUCACCCUGAACUCAGAAGAGGACUACCCCAACGGCACGUGGCUGGGGGACGAGAACAACCCUGAGAUGCGGGUGCGCUGCGCCAUCAUCCCCUCCGACAUGCUGCACAUCAGCACCAACUGCCGCACGGCCGAGAAGAUGGCGCUCACGCUGCUGGACUACCUCUUUCACCGCGAGGUGCAGGCCGUCUCCAACCUCUCGGGCCAGGGCAAGCAUGGCAAAAAGCAGCUCGACCCCCUGACCAUCUACGGCAUCCGGUGUCACCUCUUCUAUAAGUUUGGAAUCACGGAAUCUGACUGGUAUCGAAUUAAACAGAGUAUCGACUCCAAGUGUCGGACAGCCUGGCGGCGAAAACAGCGAGGCCAGAGCCUGGCGGUCAAGAGCUUCUCCAGGAGAACGCCGUCCUCGUCCUCGUACGGAGCCUCAGAGACCAUGAUGAGCACGCCGCCGCCCACCAGUGAGCUGCAGCAGCCGCCCCCACAGGCCCUGCACUACGCCCUGGCCAAUGCCCAGCAGGUCCAGAUCCACCAGAUCGGGGAAGACGGGCAGGUCCAAGUAAUCCCACAGGGCCACCUACACAUCGCCCAGGUGCCUCAGGGGGAGCAGGUGCAGAUCACGCAGGACAGUGAGGGCAAUCUGCAGAUACACCACGUGGGACAGGAUGGGCAGGUGCUCCAGGGGGCCCAGCUGAUAGCCGUAGCUUCUUCGGACCCGGCUGCCACAGGGGUGGACGGCUCGCCGCUCCAGGGCAGCGACAUCCAGGUCCAGUACGUCCAGCUGGCGCCAGUGACCGACCACACCGCUGCGGCCCAGGUGGGUCCUCCCUUCGGGAAGUGCACAGGGCCCGGGGCUCCUGCAGGUGUGGACACGCUUGGGCCUUUCUACCUCGGACCUUCUUCCGUGAGGAAGGCGGCUGACGCCCUGCAGCCCACCCUGCAGCCCGAGAUGCAGCUGGAGCACGGGGCCAUCCAGAUCCAGUGAGGCUGCUGACCCGCCCAGACCCAAGCCACGCCGCCGCUGCGUGCUGACCCCUGCACGCUGGCCCCUGCCACCCACACCGUUCACACGCGCCCGCCCCUCGGCUUCGCACGGGAGGGGCCCGCCCGCGUGCUGCUGAAGUGCAUCCACACGCCCGUCCAUGGGGAGAGUGCCCUGGGAAACAAAGACAACAGUAGCCCCUGCCGCCCCCGCCCGGAGACCCUGUUUCUUUUGAUCUCCUCGCACGUCCAGGGAAGGAGCGGGAAGCACAGUGCGGUUGCGUCAAGUACACGCUGGAAAUCAAGAACUGCGAUAUUUUUCUCUGUUCAAACAGCUUUUUUUAAUUUGCUAUGGUGUUUAUAACAAAAAAGAAAAUCGAAAAAAAAAAUGGAGUUAGCAGAAACCUUUUGCUGUGUGCUCUGUUCAGUGUAACAAGGAUAGAUGUUCACAGGAGACGACUAAUGAUUUUGAUGGAGACGUUGCUUACCUACUUUUUUAGGGGGAUGGAUGCGCUCAGCGCUGUAAUUGUGCAUUUCUAAUGAAAUAAAUGAAAUAAAAUGUAUUUAUGACCAUG